AUGGCAGUCGACGUAUUAGCUACGGACCUACAGGAAUCAGCCCCGGCGAUGGCAGCAAGAACAAGCUUGAACUUUGAGGAUGUAGCAGGUCUCUUCAAGACUGUAUGUCGAACGUUUAUGCGCAAGAAAAAGUGUCCACGCGCCAAUUGCAAAUUUGUGCACGAUAAGCAGCUGUGUGUGCACUUCUGGAAGACGGGCAAAUGCAGAUUUAAUGAUGAUUGCCGCAAGAAUCAUUUCGUGACAGUUUUGGCUUCAAAUGGAAACAACGGUGUAAUUGUUGCUGCUACUAACGUAUCAAGUGAAGAGGUACCGCUAGAGAAGAAAAAACAUGCAGAGAAAGCGACUGAACUGGGAGUAAAACCCAAGACGAAUAGAUCCAAGAACGAGGAAAUUACUAAGAAUGUAGAGAAGCAGGACGGCGACAAAAAAGUUAGCAAAAUAAAAAAGAAUGACCGGCGCCAAGUAGUCAAGAAAAACACUGAAAAUUUUGAACCGAUGACCAAACCUGUGGAUCUGCGUAUCACAUACGAUUUGGGCUCAAACGAUGAUGAAUUAACAACGCCGCUAACUUCACGCGACUUAAUCAUCGUUCCUAACCUCUUUCGCGACUACAAGAAGGGUGAAAUAUACACGAAACUCAUGCACGAGCUCGAUCACUGCGGCAUUCCACAUGAACGGUUGCUCAAGAUGUGGCAUGGUAACGAUAAGAUUGACGGCACGCAUCUUAUUGUAGACGACCACUCUAGCUGGAAGGCCGAAUGUCCCACAUUUGAUCUCGUUGUGAAUCGCUUAAAGAAGUUUUUUAGACUAGACAUCAAAGCAACGCGCUUUAAUUGGUACAAGGACACAUCCCAAUGGAAACCGUUUCACUUUGAUGCCGCAGCUGUAAAGCCUCAAAUUGCGGCCAUACAAAACUUCACGGUUGGGAUUUCAUUCGGCGCCACCCGCGAUGCUGCUUUUGAACAUGCCAAAACAAAAACUGUGGUCAGCGUGCCACAGCCGGAUGGAUGCGUCUACGCGUUUUCCAAGGACACGAACAUGAUCUGGCGCCAUGGCAUUCUACAAGACGUACCGGUACGCGAGGAGGGACGAAUCUCAGUCAUCGCAUGGGGAUGGGUGGACGAUAUGAAGGAUGUUGGAGCUAAUUCACCGACCGCACCGUCAACUCGGGAUGCCUAA